AUGAGAAGCGAGAACGAUCCAAAUGCAUACCGAUUAGGUCGUAUUGGCCCGCACUAUGUGGUCAUCAACCGUCCCCGGUUCGGGCGGUCUGGCCAGCUCCCCGCUUCCCAGAUUGUGAACGGAAUGAAGAGCACAUUUCCUGGCAUGCGCUUUUGGCUCCUUGUUGGUAUCGGUGGAGGGGCUCCAUCCCAGAAGGCCGAUAUCCGCCUGGGAGAUGUCGUGCUGGGCAUGUCGGUUCUGCCUUACAAGAAGGGCAAGGAGAAAGACAACACCUUUAAGAUUACCGGCAAGGCAAAAGAGCCCCCAGUUGAGCUUCUUGAUGUUGUUACAGAACUGAAACACAAAUUGGAUUACGAACUGUCGUUGGACCAGAUGCUUGAUACUGUGCUUCAGCGGCUACUCGCAUCACAGCCUGAUUCACAGGGUGCCCUUAGGAGAAAUUAUCGCCGCCCAUCAAACGAUCACCUAUGGAGGAGCGAUUAUAUCCAUGGAGACAACGAUUGUGACUGUCUCCAUCAACCACCAAAUGAUACUUCCAGAUCAAUCCAACGUGUGCAGCGCGACACUGAGCAGCUCAUACAAACACACUGCGGUAUCAUUGGAUCAGCGGAUCAAGUGAUGAAGAACGCAAGAAAGCGAGACAUGUUGGCUCGCGAGGAAGACAUCAUAUGCUUUGAGAUGGAAGCAACCGCUGCGAUGGAAGCAGCAACUGGCAACCAAGCCCUCACCGGGUGUAUGUCAAUUCGAGGCAUUUCCGACUAUUCAGAUGGACAUAAAAAUGAUUUAUGGCACAAUUACGCGGCCUUUUCAGCGGCAGUGUGCGCCGCAGAGCUGCUAAAGUGUCUUUCGCUAAAGACUGUCCUCAAAAUGACAAUCAAACUGACCCUAGAGGAUCUAAAAAUUAUUGUCCAUUCAGCUGUUAGUGGUGUCGACGCCAGAAUCAAUGGGCGCUUGAACACCGCUGACAACCAAAUGAAACAACUGCAGGCCGCAAAUGUCAAAAUCCAGGAAAGCAUUAGUUUCCUCGAUAACUUCGCCGAAAACCAGAAGAAGUUUAACGAAAGUGAAAUGAAGGAUAUGCGAGUCGCUUGCCAGCAGAAGCUGGAUGAAUCAAUCCGUGGUCUGCAGAGGCAGGCUAAGAUUGAAGCUGCGAAAGCCGACUACGUAACUCGGGCGGAGUGGGAAAAAUUCAAAAAGCAGAUUGAAAAUACGGCAGAGAAGUCAAGCAAAUUAGCCACUGUCGAGGAAGUGUUCGAGACUACUGCUGAACUUGCCGAAUGUAUCACUGAAGAUGUAAAAGGCAAAAGAGUCGGUUCUGUCUCAAGUUACUUCAGGUUUGGGUCAAUGUUUGCAGGCCACGCCAGAAGUUUCAGAGGAAUAGACGGUGGCGUUUUCUCCAUCGCCUGUAACAUUCGAUACUCCAAGCUCGUCGCAAUCAGACCAUACAGAUUCGACUUCAAACGGUGA